GUCCACAUGAAACUGUUUAAGAGUGAAAAGCUCUAAAUAUCUGACUUUCUCAGCAAAUGGAAGGUGGAAGACAAUCUUACUUCUCCAUGCCUCUUGCUUCUAGGUUGGAUCGUUUGGAUUUCCUUAUGAAAUAUUUAGAAAGAAAACAAAACUUACAAACAUGGGAUAGAAAUAGUUUGGCCCUAGGACUCGAGAGACAAUGCGUACCAGUGGAUUUGGCAGUGAAGGAGGCUGACUCUAAAGGGCCACUGUUGGAUAGGGUGGCAGCACUUGAACAUAGGCUUUUUCAGCUAUGCUUAGAGAAACAAUCUAGCAAUACAUCAAGCUCUUCAUCACUCGCAUCAACACUAACACCUGGCUACACUUCUAGCCAAGGGUGCAAGGGGGAACCACCUAACUCACUCCCAACUUUCAACAAUCACAUUCAUGGAGAGAGACUCAUAUCCAACGUCGGUUUCUAUCGGCGUGAAAUUCAGGGAAAACCUCAUAGAGUGCCAAAAAUUUUGAAGCAUGCAAGUCUUCCUAAGCAGCAUAUUGGGAACAGUAGGCCCACUAACACUAAGGAUGAGAAAACAUGCAAAAGCCAGAAGAAGGGAAUAUCUCCAAAUUGGCCACGCUUAAAAAUGUUGGGAUGCUAAUUCUAGGAGUAUCUAUUUCUUUUACUUAUCUAUGUUUAUCUAAUGAAAUAUUUGGUGACUGAAACCUCAAUAAUCGUCCCUGUUUUUUUUUUUUU